AUUACAAAACACCGAUUUUGUUGAGACUUCCAUUGUCAGUUGUUUAUUGCAUGUAUCACUGUUUUUUAAGUCGGUUAUCGAAUUCAGUGUAGUGUAAAAGAUUUAGUACUAUUAUGGGUACAAUAUAGUCUAUUCAACAAUCAGAUCUGUAACGUAGUUGAAUAUAAUUCUUUCGGAUUUCUUGCGGCGUUCAGUGUAAAUAAAAACAGUUACCGUUGAUGUCUUCCCCUGGCGUUAUCGUCAAAGGGCGACUGUUGUUGUCGAUGCAGUAUGUAAUUACACAGCGAAAAUCAGAAGUAGGACAGAGAUAUGAAGAAUAAUCAUUUGACAUAUACUUUGCUUGAGACGCGAGUAUGCUAUAACGCCCGCGUCGAAGUGCCGACGCUAAAUGAAAUGCAGCCAACCGUAUGAAACCAAUAAUCGAAGCGUGCCGCGACGCAGAGACGAAAAUAACAUGGCGUUAAAACAUAACUGGAAUGAUAUACGUAUUGCGUAGCUCUGAUGGAACUUUCAGACUCAUUUUACGAAGCUUUAAGUUCAAUUUCAGGUAAUUUAAAACAUUACAAAUGAACCAUAAGUAAUCAAAUUGUGUAGAUGUUAUCGACUACUGUCAUUCGUGUGCAGAUACUCUUUGACAGAUUUGUCAUAACGAUGGUCCUCUACAGCGCUUUAUUAACGAAUAGUGUUGCGAUAUUGUUUUUGUUACAACAAUUUUGUUUGUAAUGCACAUGAUGAUGUCAUUCGCUUGAUAAUAUUAGGAAGAAUCAUAAGCGCUUAAACACUUUGAUUUUUUUAUGCAUUUCAUCCAAGGUAACAGCGCAUUCGAUGAACUACAGAAUAGUACCGACUCUACUAUAUUGGAUGUAAGCAAUGAGACUGUACAGGACAGCCCUCACCGUCAUACUCAAAGGCACAAGUGCUGCGGGAACUACUUGUGUCAUAGAUAAUAACCAUGCCAACAAAUUUCUUCUUUCUGCACCAAAUUCAGCAUUGCUCUUGAGUUUUCAGAGGAGCUAUACAACUAAUGAACUUUCAAAAAAUCUACAGCUGACAAGUAAUGAUGAAGUAAAAAUUGACAAAUCUUUUGGGUUCAAAAUUGUUUCCAAGCCUACAAACAAACCACUGGUAGUUUUGCUACCUUGGUUGUUAGCACAACAGAAACAUAUCAUGAAAUAUGGAAGAUUUUACUUGGACCAAGGGUUUGAUGUGCUAAAAGUGUCUCUGACACCAUGGCAGCUGCUGUGGCCAACUAAAGGCAGCCAGCUAAUUGCAGAAGAUCUCCUGCAGUUCCUCCAUUUAAAUAAAUUUUACCAGCCUCUUCUUCUGCAUGGCUUUUCCGUUGGUGGCUACUUAUGGGGAGAAGCACUUGUUAAAAUUAAGCAAGACAUGGAGCUAUACCAACCAGUUGUGGACAGAAUUGCUGGCCAUAUCUGGGACAGUGCAGCUGACCUGACAGAAAUGCCAGUAGGCUUCCCGAAAGCAGUUUUCCCAAAAAAUUUAGUACUGCAAAAUGCAUUUGAGAAGUACAUCAGGUACCACUUGAAGACAUUCCAUCAAGCCGCUACUAUUCAUUACAUUCGAUCAAGUCAGAUGUUCCAUACCAGCAUUGUUCGUGCUCCAGCUCUCUUGCUAUUUUCUAAGACAGAUCCAAUUGGGUGUGCUGAGUCAAAUCUCAGAGUACGCGACACAUGGGAAUCUGUUGGCAUGAGGGUUUAUACAAAAUGCUGGGAUGAAUCACCUCAUGUUGGACACUUCAGAGCACAUCCACAAGAAUACAUGGCUGAAAUAUAUGCAUUUCUCGAUAAACUAAAUCUUGUGCAGAACCCAGAGAGACAAAAGGUUCAAAUAUAAAAGACAUGGAAACACUAUAAAUCAACGAAGUGCACAGUAUUACAAGAACACUGAAUGAUGUGACUAUUUGAGUGAAAAAAAGAAAAGACUACAGUUUAGCUUUUAUCAUCACUUGAUGUGAGGCUAAUACUUACUGACAAAGUUUUAAAAACUUUCAUUUUUAAUAAUUUUGUGAUAUGAUAAACAUUUUUCAAUAAUAGUUUAAAUGUUUCUUUAAUUUAUAUCACUUAUUCAUAUUUGUAAUGUGAAUAAAUGUCAACUGUUUUGUUACCUUUA